AUGACCGCUGCACCACUCACUUUCACUCUUCCUGACCUUCUGGCGAAUUUUCCUUGGAAGCGCAACUUAAGCGAAUACUAUCCCGAAUGCAAGACAGAGUCCAGCGCAUGGACUGAGUCCUUUCACCCGUUCGACGACGAGGGUCUCAAAGGGUUCAAUCUCUGUGAUUUCAAUCUGCUCGCUUCUUUGGCAUAUUCGCCCCGUGAGCGAGAGAUCAUCAGGCUCGGGUGCGAUCUCAUGAACAUCUUCUACGUCUUCGACGAGUACACCGACAUCGCGGACGGUGACGGUGCCGACAAAAUUCGAGACAUCAUCAUGGAUGCUUUCCGUAAUCCUCACAAGCCUAGGCCCGAAGGAGAGCUGCUAGUCGGCGAAAUGGCACGCGACUUCUGGAUUCGGGCGUCCGGCUACGUGUCCCCCGACGCCCACUGCCUGACCCACUUUCUCCGUGAUUUCGACACCUACACGGCUGCGGUCGUGCGGGAAGCCGACGACCGCGCCAAACGCGUCUAUCGCACCUUCGAAGAUUAUCUCUCCAUCCGCCGGGAUUCCUCAGGCUGCCUGCCCAGCUUCGCGCUCUGUGAGUUCGGGCUUGACCUGCCCGAAGAGGCAUAUCACCACCCGCGAAUGGCUGCCCUUCGCGAACAAAGCACUGAUCUAAUCGCUAUCGGAAACGACAUUGAUUCGUACGCCAUGGAGAAGGCACGCGGGCUGGAACUCCAUAACUCCGUUGAGCUCAUCAUAAAUGAGCACGGCCUUGAUGUCCAAGGCGCUAUCAACUGGCUCGAACGUUAUGCCGCAGGGGUCCACGCAUCGUUCCUCGACAACGUCGCGAACAUGCCUUCGUGGGGCGAGGACGUUGAUCGACGUGUCAAGAUGUACAUUGAUGGCCUCGCGCAAUGGGUCCGUGGUAAUGAUGAUUGGACUUUUGAGAGCGGGCGCUAUUUUGGCGACAAAGGCCUGGAAGUCCAGAAGACGAGAGUCAUGUCCCUCCUGCCCGCUAGCAAGGUUUCGUUAAGAAGUCGGCCUAAAGCCGUCGGACACGUACCCAAGAAACUCUUAAGAUAUUUCCGAUACUCUACGAUGUAUUUUUUUGGUUUUCAUGUACUAGCGAAAUGA